GCCCCCUGGCCACCUUUGUCCGUUCAGGGAGCUCUGCCUCCCCCUCUGUCUGGAGAAAAGGGACUUUAGCGCUAAGUGUGUCUGUUCUCCUCAGCCCUUUGGAGUCUCGCUCUCGUUUGUAACGCAUUGCGCGUACACAGGCGCUCGAGGUGCGUGAACAGAGAGACAAGCUCGCUGACUCGGGCUGUGAUCGCUGCGCAGGCUGACGUGGAGCGAUGGCGCCCAGUGUGGAAGGAAGCGAGGAGGCCCUGCUCCCCGAUCUCCCCAGGGGGCCCCUGCAUGCCUACCGCGCCCGCGCCUCCUUCAACUGGAAGGAGCUGGCGCUGUUCUUGGAAGGCGAGGACAUGCUGCGCCUGAAGAAGUCCAUCUUCUCGGCCUUGGAGAGCGACCCCCUGUUCGCCCGGCCGGGCCGCGGCCUCUCGGUGGACAAGCUGCGGGAGCUGACCUUCGACUGGUCCCUGGCCACCAAGGCCUUCCUGCACGUGUUUGUGUUUGGAUCAGCGAUUUUCAACUCUGGUUCUGAAAGGCAUUUCAAAUACAUUCCCAAGAUCUUCACCAUGGAGAUCUUCGGCUGUUUCGCGCUGACCGAGCUCAGCCACGGCAGUAACACCAAGGCCGUGCGGACGACCGCCCACUACGACCCGGCCACCGAGGAAUUCAUCAUCCACUCCCCCGACUUUGAAGCCGCCAAAUUCUGGGUCGGCAACAUGGGCAAGACGGCGACGCACGCGGUGGUGUUCGCACAGCUGUACGUGCCAGGGGGCCAGUGCCACGGCCUGCACCCCUUCCUCGUGCAGAUUCGGGACCCGAAGACCCUCCUCCCCAUGCCCGGUGUGAUGGUGGGCGACAUAGGGGAGAAGCUCGGGCAGAACGGUCUGGACAACGGCUUCGCCAUGUUCCACAAGGUCCGGAUCCCUCGCCAGGACCUCCUCAACCGGACGGGAGACGUCACCCCCGAGGGCACCUACAUCACCCGCUUCAAGGUACAGUGUCGGCACAGGAGCCGGGUCUGCAUCGUGGGCAUGUGCGUGGUGAACCUGAAGCUGGCCGUGUGCAUCGCCCUGCGCUUCUCCGCCACCCGGCGCCAGUUUGGACCGGCCGACGGGGAGGAGGUGCCGGUGCUCGAGUACCAGCUGCAGCAGUGGCGCCUGCUCCCGUACCUGGCGGCGGCCUACGCCUUGGACCACUUCUCCAAGUCGCUCUUCUGGGACCUGAUGGCGCUCCAGCAAGGCCUCCAGCGGGACGACCGGAGCGCCAGGCAGGCAGAGCUGGGACGUGAGAUCCACGCCUUGGCGUCGGCCGGCAAGCCCCUGGCCUCGUGGACGGCCCAGCGGGGGAUCCAGGAGUGCCGCGAGGCGUGCGGAGGACACGGCUACCUGGCCGGCGACAACAACGUGCUGCUGCAGCAGACCAGCAGCUUCCUGCUCGGGCUGCUGGCUCAGGGCGGCCCAGGUGAGCACCUACCUGCUCGGGCUGCUGGCUCAGGGGGGCCCAGGUUCGUGGGCAGGUGCUCGGAGGGUCCCGGGUUCUGGAACGCGCCUGGUCGGCAGGAAGCGCCGGGUGGAACGUCAGCCGCAGCCCACCCUGUGCCGGGAGUUGUCCCGCUGUCCCGGCCAGUGCCCGUGAGGCUGGGGGCGCGCGCCCCCUUCCAUCCACACCGGGCGCGUGACACCGGCCGCAGCAUAGCCGGCACAGAGAGGCAGCCACUGGAGGGUGCUGCCAGGAUAGUGUGGAGGGGGAUGGCUUCUCAGCAGAGCCAGGAAGCACCCUCACCUGGGGGGCCCUGGGACAGCCCCCGCCCUGUGCCUCAGUUUCCCUGUUUGUAUACUGGGCCCAUCUCACCCACCCGUCAGUACAUGCCAGGUGCUCACACCUGCUGGGAGCCCUGUGGUCACGUUUUCCCGUUUCCAUCCCAAGUCCCCCUGGCGGCGUUCGAGUGGCUGGUCUGUUACCUGCUCCGAGAGAGUCACCAGAAACUGACUCAGGAGACGCGGUCCGGAAGCAGUGACUUUGAAGCGAGAAAUAACUCCCAGGUUUACUGCUGCCGCUCGCUGGCGCUGGCCUUCCUGGAGCUCACUGUGGUGCGCAGGUUCCACGAGCACACGCACCAGCCCGACGGGUCACCGCCAGGCUGGCUGGGGCGGGGUGGUGAUGCGCUUUCACGGAGAGGGGCUGAUCAGAAAGCUGCAGGAGGGAGCCUGCCUGGGGGGUGGCUGAGGACUCGGCUCCCAGCCCCGGUGACCAGCGCUGUGCUUGCAGGCGGCUACUUUUCCGGGGAGCAAGCCGGGAAGAUGCUGGAGGGCGCCAUCCUGGAGCUGUGUUCCCAGCUGAAAGACGACGCGGUCGCCCUGGCCGAUGUGAUCGCCCCUCCUGACUUUAUCCUGGACUCCCCGAUUGGCAGAGCCGACGGCGAGCUCUACAGAAACCUCUGGAGCGCCGUCCUCCAGCAGCGCCAUGUACUGGAGAGGCCGUCCUGGUGGCCGGAGUUUUCCGCCAACAAGACUGCCCCGGGGAGUCUGAGCUCAAAGCUGUAGCCGCCGCCACGCCCCGCGCAGCCUGGUGAGGCCACUGAAGACGCGGCCCUCGAGGAAGCCUCUGCACCCAGCUGGCUGGUGUCCCUGCACGAGGGGGCCUGGCCCCUCCCCGCUGGGCCCUGGGAGGCUCACGGGCAGGGGCAGCCCCGAGGCCAGGGGUCAUUUGCUGUGUGAACAAAAAGCUUGUGACCGCAUCUCCCGGAUGGACCUUCGACUUUGACAACGAGAACUGGGCGCGCCCUGUUUCCCUACGCGGACGCAAAGCCGCCGGCUCACCCUGGGCUCUCUGGGCGCCAGGGCCUGCGAGUCGCCUCGCCGGCGGGCGCUGCACUCUGAUACUUCCCCGCGUGAUCACAUGGUGAUGACCGGUUUGCGCUGCCGACCAUCGGAACGGCAUCGUUUCAGAUUUUUAAGGAAAGAGAGUCAGGUUUGUUGCCUCCUGCUGUGGAGUUGGAAGUGUCCGUCAGGGAAAUGUUUCCAAAGAAAACAGUUCCUGGCCACGGA